CGCCGCACGCACGCCGGCUCUCGCGGCGAUCCAAACUUUGUUGUGUUGUGAAAAGAUGGUGUUGACCGACUUUCUCACGGAGACCAGACGGAGGUGGCUGAAGGCUUUCAAGCUGUUCAAACGGAGCAAAAGCCGCAAGAGCGCCCGCAACCGCAUCUCGCCCCUCGUGCGCUCACCAUCUUACUCUGGCACCGUCGACGCUCGCUCCGAGAUCGACAUCCAACGCUACUGUCCUUGCAGAGCCUCCUUACCACCUCUCCACAUCCCAAGCGAAAGCAUCGAUGGAUACAGCAGCUGCAAUAGCUACGACAGCUCACGUAACGAAAGUUUACGGAGUUACGAGUGUGGAUACAACUGUGCGCGAUCGGAUUCCGCCUAUGAAUCCGCCAGAAGCAGCCCGGCUAGAGCACCGGUCUGCUAUGCCACAGUCACAUAUUUUAACGUUAACGACAGCGAGGAUAGCAGCAGUAUCAGAACAGAAUAUACGCUACUAGAUUAUGAUGUGGAGGACAGAGAAAUGGACGGGACUGAGGAGAGAGCGCAGAAUUUUAUCAACGAAAGCUUGGAGCUAGUUAGCACUUUAUGAAUUAGUUUUAGCUAAGGUAGAUUUUGUAUGAUAUUAUAGUGUUUUGUUUUGGAUUAGCUUUAAAAUAGUUAUAACUGUGGUGUGUUCUUGAUGAAAAAAAAAGUUCUCUCUCGAAAGUAGGUAGUCCUUUUCCACGAAAUAGACUGCAAUGGACUUUAAAAUAAGCAAACAAUCAAAGGCUUUGAAGUCAACACGCCACGGUAAACUAAUAUUAUAUCAAAGAAACGAAUUAGUUUGAGUUGUAUUUGACUGUUUAGUGUAGGUAGAUAUAAAUUAAUGUUUGUGUAACAAAAUAAUAUCGAAAUAUGGCAUAUAACCAGCAUCUGGCGGUCUGCAUGCAAGUGUUAAAUAAAAAAAUAUGUAGAGAUAAA